UCUUGUUCGCAUACACAGCCUUUACGAAGCUGGACCCCGGCUGUAGUGUAUAACCAUCAAACCCUCGACGACCUCGGAACCUUUGAAGAGUUUGGUUGCAGUGCAAGCGGAACUGCGGCGGUCUAUCUCAGAAAUCCGCAUUGAGAUUCGUGCUAGCGCGAACUCAGUCCUCGUUUUGCUAUUAAAAAUCAACGACUUUUGACGAUUCCGGUGUUUUCUGCGGCGAUUGCAUUUGAAGGACAAUAUGACUAGCAUUGACGAGCUAUUCAAUAAACAAGGCUUCUCCGGAGGCAAGCGGAAGUUCGAUGCUGAUCGUAACGCUGAGGAAGUCUACAAAUCUGCCAAGCUCGAAGCAAACGGCGAUGUCAAAGGCAAGGGACGCGCCACGGUUGAAGACGAAGUAGACGAUGACGAUGACGUUGAAGCUGGUCCAGCAUUGCCACCGGGAGAAGACGACCUGGAUCCCGACGAUGAGGAAGGCCGAUUCUUCGGCGGUGGCAUAACACAGGAUACGGCGGAGGCGCUGGACUUUAUAGAUGAGCUUGAUCAGGGAGCUGCUGCGCCAGAAAAAAUCGAUGCCGCUUGGGUUCGCAAGAUGGCAUUGAACUUUGAGAAGCGCAUCUCGAAGAAUGCAGAGUUGCGCGCAAAGCACGAAAACGAUCCGCAAAAGUUCAUGAGCUCAGAAGCAGAUUUAGAUGCCGAUAUCAAGGCCCUUUCUAUCCUCAGCGAGCACCCGCAUUUGUACGAAGAGUUCGUGAAGCUCGGUUGCGUCAACUCUCUAGUCAGCUUGCUUGCACACGAAAAUACUGAUAUAGCAAUCGACGCCAUGGAAAUUAUCAGCGAACUGAUAGACGAAGAUGUUGCUGCCGAGCAGGAGCAAUGGGACGCAAUAGUUAAUGCAAUGCUUGACGCUGGCCUUUUGGAUCUUGCUGUCCAAAAUUUUGAGAGGCUUGAUGAACAAAAUGAAUCUGACAGGAGCGGAGUUUACUAUGCCUUAAGUGUUUUGGAAAAUCUCGCAUCACAGCAGUCAAUCGCCGAAAAAAUCAGUCUCGAAAGUACCGUAUUCAAAUGGAUUUCCCGCCGAAUCCAGAAGAAAGAGACUCCGGUCAGCCAAAACAAGCAAUAUGCGGCAGAGCUGCUCUCUAUCCUCCUGCAGUCAUCAUCGAAGAACCGAAAACACUUCGCUGAAAUUGAUGGGGUAGAUUUAGUGCUACAACUACUCAGUGCGUACAGAAAGAAGGACCCGGAAAAAGGGGGCGACGAAGAGGAAUAUGUGGAGAACCUGUUUGAUGGUUUAACAUGCGUAAUGGAAGAAGUGGAGGGCAAGGAUAAGUUUAUCGAGGCCGAAGGUAUUGAGCUGUGUAUUAUCAUGCUCAAAGGCGGCAAAUUGAGCAGAUCAAGGGCUCUGCGGGUCUUGGACCACGCCAUGGGCGGACAACACGGCGCUGGGGUAUGCGCAAAGGUGAUUGAGGCUGGAGGUCUGGGAACCAUUUUUGGACUUUUCAUGAAGAAGGACGACAAAGAAAUGAUCGAACAUCUCCUGGGCAUGUUCGAAUCACUAUUGCGACUUCUUCCCUACGAGUCUGAUCCUCGGAUACGAGUCCUGGCGAAAUUCAUGGAGGGUGAAUACGGGAAGAUCGGAAAGCUAUUGACUUUACGAGAGCGAUACCAAAAAGAUCUGGCUGCUGUGGAUCGGCAGAUUGAGCGGGAGCGCGCAGCUCUCUCUGAAGAAGACCAAGAGGCAAUGGCCGAUGAAUGGUACUCUCGAAGGCUAGACUCUGGUAUUUUCUGCGCAAGGACACUUGAUCUUGUGAUUGCUUGGCUUGUUGCUGAAGAUGAUGGCGCCAGAAGCGAAAUUUCGAAGCGUCUCGGUGAGCAAGGGCACACACUCUCAGAUGUGAAGCGAUCGCUUCAAGAACGGCUCGACGAGAUGGAAGGUGGAGACGAAAGUGAAGAGCUAGUUUCGGCAAAGGAAAUGUUGACAACGUUGAUGCAAUUUUUAUAGGCAUCUUCGACCUAGUUCCUGGUCCAUAGUGUAAAUAGAUAUAUCAUUCUUUCUGAGCCGCCAGAUAAUAGAAUAAUCUGCCAAC